AUGGUGGUUGUGGUAGUGGUGGUGGGGGAAAAUGGUCAUGUUGGUGAAUGUGGUGGAUGUGGCUGUGGUGGUGGUGAAUGUGGUGGUUGUGAUGGUGCAUGCAGUGGUAGUGGUGGUGGUGGCAGUGGCGGUGAAUGUGGUGGUGCUGGUGGUAAAUGUGGUGCCGGUGGUGGUGGAUGUGGUGGUGGUGUAGGUGGUGGUGGUGGUAAAUAUGGUGGCGGUGGUGGUGGUGUCAUCGUAAAAGAUGGCAUGAAAACAACAAGGAACGACUCGCUAGUAGCCAGAGAGCCCAUUGUCAACAGAACAAGGAGCACAUCAGAAAUUACCACAGACAAUACUGUAAAAACAACAGGGAACGGAUCAACGAAUAUUGGAGAAGUUAUUAUGCCAAGAAUAAGGAACGGAUCAGGCAAAGACUUCAUGACCAAAAGCAAAGAAAACUGGGGCAGAAUAUCGUGCGUUUUGGGGCCAGGGACCAAGAGUCUGUGA